AUGUCGUUUAAAGUUGAUAUUGACGAAGCUGAUGUUGCCGUCCUCAAUCAAAAUUUAACGAAGUCAAAAGACUUGUUUAAUCAGAUUUCGAAAUCGUUAUAUUCUAUUUCUACUAAUACUUCAACAGCAUCAACAAAAAUUAAACCCAUUUUAAAGGAUGUAAACAAGUUGAAUAAUAACAAGAAGCAGAUAGACAAGGGCCUUGCAAUGUUGCAGGAUGUUAGUAGAUAUGCAGAGCUAACUUCAAACCAUGAAUCGAUAUUGAAUAACUCUAUUGAGCUCAUCGGGUUAAAGAAGUUUAUUACUAGUUUAUCGCAAUCCAAACUACUUUUACAUGAAAUGAAAUCCCACAUCAAGAACUUUAAAGGGAUCAUGAUAAACUUCGAAACGCUAAUUGAUAAAUCUGACUUGAAAUUGCAAAACUAUUUUCAAAAGCUUUGUCUGAGUUCUGACUAUAAAAUCAAAGAGAUUUGUAUGAUUAUAAAGUACUUUGAGAACGACAAUUCUGACUAUAUUUUAAAGAACUACAUAAGAAUUAGGGCCAAUAAAUUCACAGAAGCUGUCAAACCGUACGAGAACGUGUCAGUGAAAUCAUCAGCUCCUUACGAGAAAGGAACUAAUGGAAUGCAUAAAUUUAAUACUGAAUUUAUUGCAUGCAUAGAUAACGAAAUUGCUAUAUUGAGCGAGAUUAAUAAGAGUGGAGUUCAAUUGGAUUCUGAAAUACUCAAAGAUAUCAUAGAACGUGGAUUAAACUCGGAUUAUAAUGACAUAGUAAGUAAGUUUAACAACUUCAUAAGCACCAAUGGAAUAAUGUCCAAUGAAGUUAUGAUUUUAGAGCUUAUAUCUAAUUUGCUUGAUUUAGAGGCAUAUUUGAGAGAUAUCAAGCUUUCCUUCCCAGUUUUUAUUAAGUUCAACGACUCAUUUAACAGGUUAGUGUCAAAUUCGUCAUCAAUUUUCAAAGACGUGGUGCGACUCAUUGAAAAUAAAAUAACUUCUGCGGACAAACUCAACGACAAGAACAUUCCUGAGGUUACUGUAGAAUUAAUCUCAAGAAUCAGAAAAAUAAGUGAAUUUCAUAACUCUUUGAUUCAACUUAUAUAUGGAUACAAAUUGGGAGAUUGGCUCCUGAUCAAGCCCCCUGUGAAAUUUGUUAGUACAUACACUUCGGUAAUUCCAAAUGCGACUGAAGGUAUUGAUGAAUCAUCUCCAGAUUUCUUAUUGAGUUGUUACUACAGUGAUUUGAUAGAUGCUAUCAUAGUCAGUAUCGAGAUUGAGUUGAAAAGUGAAGUUAGUCUCAAGAAAAGUACUCAAGGAUUUUACUUGCUCAAGGAUCUAAUCUUAAUCGAAGGAAUUGUGAAUAGAUCGCAGCAAUUGUUCGAUGCUUUAGGUAAUUUGGGAAUUGAGAGAAUGAACAAGUUGAAGAAUAGAUACCUCAAAAUGUUCUUAGAUGAUUGGAACUAUGCAUCCUACAUUAUAAUAAGAGAUAUGACAAGCAUCACGACCUCACACGCUCAAUCUCAUUCUCUGGGUAGUGGUAUGUCCAAUAAGGAACGAGAACAGGUCAAAGAUCUAUUUAAAAACUUUAAUGAAUCCUUUGAAGAAGCAUUAAGAAACUAUGAGAAAUACAAUAUAACUGACGUGAAUCUCAAGAGUUAUUUGGGUAAUGAAAUAAAAAAGCUUAUACUAAAUGCGUAUUUCAAGUUGUACGACAAAUAUGCUAACAGUGAAUUCACCAAAAAUAAGGCUAAGUAUGUGAAGUACGAUAAAAUUCUGUUUGAGAGAUUGCUAAAUGACAAACUUAAGUAG